AGCAGCGCGGACAGCCUGGCCGAAGAGGAAGACGAGGAGGACGAGGAGGUUCCAGGCAGCGGCCGCUCCAGCCGCACCUCGUCGCUGGUCAGCGGGCUGCUCACCGAGCUCUACAGCGCCGCCGAGGUGGCCGCCCCUCCCCGCGUCCUGCGGGAGCUGCAGCAGCAGCGGCCGAGCCGCGCCGAAUACCUGCGGCUGAAAGAUGUGGAUGAAUUGACAGCUAUAAAACGGGAACUGAAUUACAGAAUUUCUGUUCAAUCCGCGAAGUUACUUCAUCUUCUGAAGCUGAAAGACAGGCUUGUGCAUAAAGUCCAGAAGAACUGCGACAUUGUCACAGCUUGUUUACAGGCAGUUUCCCAGAAACGACGAGUUGAUACAAAAUUGAAAUUUACUCUUGAGCCAUCUUUAGGUCAAAAUGGUUUUCAGCAGUGGCAUGAUGCACUCAAAGCAGUGGCCAGGUUGCCGACAGGCAUACCAAAAGAAUGGCGGCGAAAGGUUUGGCUGACCCUUGCUGAUCAGUACUUGCACAGUAUAGCAAUUGACUGGGAUAAAACAAUGCGUUUCACAUUCAAUGAAAGAAGUAAUCCUGAUGAUGACUCUAUGGGCAUCCAGAUAGUAAAGGACCUUCACCGAACCGGUUGCAGUUCUUACUGUGGCCAGGAGGCGGAGCAAGAUCGAGUGGUAUUAAAACGAGUAUUGCUGGCUUACGCCAGAUGGAAUAAAUCUGUUGGCUAUUGUCAGGGAUUUAAUAUACUAGCUGCACUCAUUCUGGAAGUGAUGGAAGGCAAUGAAGGAGAUGCGUUGAAAAUCAUGAUUUACCUAAUUGAUAAGGUGCUUCCUGAUAGUUAUUUUGUCAAUAAUCUCCGUGCUCUCUCUGUGGAUAUGGCUGUUUUCCGAGAUCUUUUACGAAUGAACCUUCCUGAACUGUCCCAGCACUUAGACACCCUGCAAAGAGCUGCUAACAGAGAAAGUGGAGGAGGCUAUGAACCCCCUCUUACAAACGUCUUCACCAUGCAGUGGUUUCUGACCCUCUUUGCCACUUGCCUGCCUAACCAUACAGUUCUGAAGAUCUGGGAUUCAGUAUUCUUUGAAGGCUCUGAAAUUAUACUGAGAGUAGCUCUGGCUAUCUGGGCAAAGCUAGGAGAGCAAAUAGAGUGUUGUGAAACUGCAGAUGAGUUUUACAGUACCAUGGGCAAGCUAACCCAGGAGAUGCUGGAAGACAGUCUGAUUGACAGCAACGAACUCAUGCAGACUGUUUAUACCAUGGCUCAGUUUCCUUUCCCACAACUGGCAGAAUUAAGGGAGAAGUACACUUACAACAUUACUCCUUUCCCUGCGACAGUAAAGUCAACUUCACUUUCAGGAAGGCUAGGCAGAACCAGAGAUAGUGAUGAAGAGAAUGAUCUAGAUGAUGAAGACUCCAUUGCCAAUGCAAUUGGCUGUCUUGGACCAUUAAGUGGCUUUUUGGCACCAGAGCUCCAAAAGUACCAGAAACAGAUGAAAGACCAGAAUGAAGAACAAAGUCUGGGCUCCAGUAACAUUGCAGAACUUAGUCCUGGAGCAAUAGAGUCUUGCCGAAGCGAGUAUCACGCUGCUUUUAACAGCAUGAUGAUGGAGCGUAUGACCACUGAUAUCAAUGCACUGAAAAAGCAGUAUUCCAGGAUAAAGAAGAAACAGCAACAGCAGGUUCAUCAUGUGUAUAUCAGAGCAGACAAAGGGCCAGUUACCAGCCUCCUCCCUUCUCAGGUAAACCAUUCCCCAGUGAUAAACCACCUCCUUUUAGGAAAGAAGCUGAAAUCAAGUAACAAAUCUCUCAAGAAUGCUGUUAUCCACAUUCCAAGUCACGCUACAGGGAAGAUGUCUCCCAUUCCCCAGGAAGAUCUUAAAUCAAAACUGAACUCUCCGUGGCGCACUCACAUACGAGUUCAUCGAAAGAAUAUUGCUAGGGCUAAAGGCCAGCUGGGCUAUGGGGAUACCAUAGGACUUAUAGAUGAGCAGAGUGAGAGCUGUAAAACAAAUUGUCCUGGUGCAAAGGAGGACACUUCCAAACAUUCUGAUUUUGGAGGAGGAGGAGGUAGCUUGGAUGACAGGACUACUCGUAAAGCUGACCAGCAGUCUGCUGAUGCAGUUUCUACAGGCAGCAAUACAGACAUGACAGCGAUUCAGCUAAAACUGGAAACGCUGGAACUCACCUCAGAUAACAAAAGUGAUGCUGAGUCAACAUCCAGUCAGUCCUGCCAGCCACAUUUAUCUGAGUCGUCCACUUCAUCCAUUGACAGUGGAAACCUGGCUAAAUCUCCCCAGCCUGGUAAUUCAAAGCCACAAGUCUUCAAUCCUUUCCCCAGUGUUAAGCCUCUUCGAAAGUCAGCUACAGCCAGGAAUUUAGGGCUGUAUGGCCCCACUGAAAGAACGCCAACUGUUCACUUUCCCCAGAUGAGCAGAAGUUUCAGUAAAUCAGCCAGUGCUAACAACGGGACAAGGAAACGAUGAUGUACUGCAUGGCACUUUCUAUUUCUGACAGCAACAAAAUUUAUAUUGCUUUUUUAAAUUUUAUUUUAUUAUGUUUGUGUGUAUGUGUGUCCCAAAAAGUUUCUAAUCUUUACCUAAUGAGGACAAAAGUGGUUACCAGAUGUAUAAUUUUGUGUCUUUGAAAACUGUGCUCCCGUGUUGCUAUGGGAUAGAUUAGUGAAGAUGCCCUUUGGCAUCCUGUUGCUGAUUUCAAUGUUUCUGUGGUAAAAUAAACAUUGAUUUGGAGCGUGAAGCAUACUAAAAUCACCAGCUGCCUUUAAUCCAUAGGCCUCAAUGGCUGCCUCUUGUUUCUUUCAAAUCUGUGAGGACAAACUGCCUGCCUGGUGCAGCAAAACCAUAAUGCAGUUUUUAAACCUGUUAUGCAGCCUCCUGGUUAGACUUCUUCAUCACGCUGAGUAACUGGAGAAGCCACAACUAACAAAAGCACAAGCAGCCCUCGCAAUCAAAAGUAUCACUUUUGUUGUUGAACAUGGACCUAUGUUUAUACUGAACCAUAUGGCUUCAAUCGUUCUCCAAUUGCAUGUCAUGCUUCUCUUCCCAUGGCAGUCCUCUGCUGAUCAUGUUUUUAAUAUGAAUGUAAAUCAGUGAGUUUGAGAAUAACAGACAUAAGUCCUUCCACAACACUGGUUUGCUCCUUUUCUUUUGCAUAUAGUGGCUGGAGAGUUGCAGCGCUACAAAAUUAGGUAUAAGGUACAACUAUAUGUAUAGUUGUGUUGAAUGUUAUGACACAUCUUGGCUUUAGUGGAUGUAAAACUAUUACCUAGAUUACAACCGGUUUUGUAAUUAAAUCAUAUUUGCCUGCUUAGCAGUAGGUAAAAUACAUGAAUGUUCCAAAGUAGUUUAGAAGUUAAAAUUCUAGAAAUAGAGUAGUAAGAUACUUAGGGUGCCACUUGUCAUUAAAACCCAGCACAUCAGCCACUAUGUUAGUGGAUUGGACCCUUUGGACUGCCAGGAGUUCCCUGCAUGGUUCUGGCUUGUUGAGAAACACCAAUGGCUAAGUUGUAAGCUGAAUAUUUACUUCUCAGUUAGUCCCUGCCAGUUGCUUAGAACGUUUUCUCAGAAGCCUGACUUUUGAUACAUGUCCCCCACUAAAGUUUUGCAAAGCUGAUAAAUACCAUGAGACAAACAACAUUUGUAUGUGUAUAUGUAAAUGUAAGCAGGUAGGCAAAGAAACUAAAUGUGCAUCAUUCAGCUUUGCGGUUGCAAAAUCAAAGCAGUUGAACUCCAGAAAAUCAGGUUGCUCUUAAAAGAUUACAGCUCUGCCAUACUGUAUGCAUUGACUCUGAUUUGUGACAUUAGUACUUCCAAGUUCCUCAUGAUUUGAAACUGUCCUGACUUUAAGCUGAUGUAAAGGCAGUAAUGACAAAUCAAUCCCAUUGUAUCUAUUUCCUCAUCCUCAUUCUUUGUUAAAUUUGGAAAUUGACAUAUUAUUGUCUAUUUAUUAAUGUAUCCCAUGACUUCUAGGAUGUGAUAACAAUUUUAGCUGUACAAUAUACCCUGUUUAUUGUUGUGGGGACAAAUUUAUUUCACUGUUGUAUUUUAUACAGGUGUAUGCAUAUAGGAUAGUAUACAAGUACGAACAUUAUGAAUUUUAAACAGUUAUAGAUCAAAUCUUGCCCCUGCCUUAUUUCAGGUUAAGUAGUAUUGUUGGUAAUGAUUAUUUGUAGCAUUAAGUAAACUUAAAAUAAUGUAGAAUUUAGUCACUAAUCAAUGGACUGUAUGAGAACUUUUUCUGCCUUGAUUUAAAAGAAACACACUUCUUUUCAAAAUUGUACUGUGAAUCAUUCUCCCCAUUUUUUUUCGUAGCGUUAGCAGAUCAUGCAGCUGUGUAUGGAACCAGUGAAAAAUAAAAGGAAUGUCAUUCUGAAAAAGAAAAAUGCUAAAAUGUCACAAGUAUGUGCAUGAAUUUUCAACACAUUAAAAUGAGAUUAAGUAAUGGAAAAUUAGCAAGCUUUGCAUAGAUGAUGGUCUGAGGAAAGAAACACCAAUAAAAUACUAAUUCUAGUGA